AUGGCCACGCUGUUAGCAAAUUUAGUCAUCCUCUACUUCAACUUCUUAUUAGUGCUAAAGGUGGCCGCCAAUGAUCCAAUCUCAUGGUGUAACCAAACGCCUCACCCUCAAGUGUGCAGUUCGAUGCUCGAAAAUGAGAUUGCUGAGUCCAUCUCCCAAUCGGACUUCCGCGACGUUCUCCUCCGGGCCACCACGGCCCGCACCGUCCUUGCCCUCCGUCAAAUAUCAUCCAUGGACAUGACUCUGUUAGACAAGCCGGCGAAGGCAGCAUUUGCUGAUUGCUUGAAGCUGUAUAACGACACCAUCAUCCGUCUUCAACACUCCAUGCGUUCUUCUUCGUCCAUCGAAGACUCUCAGACGUGGCUAAGCGCCGCAAAGGCUAAUGAACGGACGUGCAGGGAUGGCUUUGUGGAGCUCGGUUCCACCUUCCCCUUAGCAUCCUCGUCCUUCGUCACCAACCACCUAUCGGAAUCACUUUCCAACAUGCUCGCCGUUAACAUAGCAACGCCGAGGGACAAGCCGCCUCCUAAGAACCGCCGGUUGCUAUCCGAUGGGUUUCCACGGUGGGUAAAGGCAGCUGAUCGCAAACUUAUCCAGACGGGCGUAACCAUAAAACCCGAUCUUGUGGUGGCUAAAGAUGGCUCCGGGAACUACAAGACCAUCUCAGAAGCAGUCGCGGCGUCGGUAAACCUACGGCAAACCACGUCAAGAUUUGUGAUCUACGUCAAGGCUGGUGUCUACAGUGAGACCGUCGAUAUCGCCCUGAACAUGGUGAACUUAAUGAUGGUCGGAGACGGGAAAGAUGACACCAUAGUAACCGGUAGUAAGAACGUCGUAGAUGGCACCUCAACGUUCAAUACUGCUACCUUUCGUGUCGACGGCGAAGGUUUCAUUGGGCAAGACAUGGGCUUCGAGAACACGGCUGGACCUAAGAAGCAUCAAGCCGUCGCACUUCGUUCGUCUGCGGACAGAUCCGUGUUCUACCGCUGCAGCUUCAAGGGAUACCAAGACACUCUCUACGUCCACACAAACCGGCAGUUCUACCGUAAUUGUGACAUCUACGGUACGGUGGACUUCAUCUUCGGUGACGCCGCCGUGGUGUUCCAAAACCCCAAGAUUUAUGUGAGGAAGCCGAUGGACAGGCAGAAGAACACGGUGACGGCCCAAGGCCGAGACGACUUCCAUGAGAACACUGGCAUCGUGAUGCAUGACGCUUUUGUCAUGGCCGCGCCAGACCUGAAGCCGGUGCAGGGGUCAUUCCAGACCUUUCUCGGCCGGCCAUGGCAGCAGUACUCUCGAACGGUUUACUUGCUGUCAAGGUUGGAUGACCUAGUUGAUCCUGCUGGGUGGCUCGCGUGGAACAAGAACAUGAGCGUGAGCAAUUUGUACUAUGCGGAGUUCCAGAGCAAGGGCGACCGUGCUGAUACCAGCAAACGAGUAAAUUGGCCAGGCUACCAUGUCCUAACAACUGAUCAGGAAGCCGAACCUUUCACCGCCGGAAAAUUUUUGUCCGGUGACUCGUGGGUUCGGGCCACGGGGGUCCCUUAUGCCUCCGGGCUUUAUGGAUAG